AUGCUGGUUACAGCAAGUCUAGUGGUGCCAGCAGUCGUUCAUUUAAUGGUUCAUUUACGUGAUAUAAAAGAGAAUAUUUUAUUUUGCAAUAAACUUGUUCAACAACUUGAAUCAUCACUUGAAAAACGUUUUGCUGGUGUAAUUAAUCGUUUAAAUCAGUCAGUUAUUGAACCGAAAGAUCCAUUUAACGAUCCAGUUUAUUUCAUGGCAGUAGUAUUAGAUCCUUCAUUUAAAUUUUAUUGGCUUCGUGAUUUAAAAUUGCCUGUCAAUGAUGAAAAUCGUUUAAAGCAAAGUAUUAUUCAACUUAUCCUUGAUGAAACUAGCAAAAAUUUAACAACUUUAUCUAAUGGAAAUAGUUUAUCAAUGACAACAACAUUUACAUCAUCAACACCUAAACCAAAAAGAAGAAAGUUAUUCAUUUAUAAUGAUAAUAAUGAUGAUCAUUCGAAUGGCUUAACAACAUUGGAUCCUGGUACUGAAUUAGAAAUUUAA